ACGAUAAAAAAACACUGUUGACAUCAAGCAUCAAAAUGGCAGCUUCUAAUGUCGCCGUUCUCCUCCUCGCCAUACUCUCCUCCGCCUUCACCACCACCCAUGGCCAGAUCCUGCACAAUGGCCGAUGGAAGCUACUGAAGCGAAGCAUCGGCAUUUCGGCCAUGCACGUCGCGCUGCUGCCCAACGGCAAGGUCAUCGUCUUCGACCGCACCGACUUCGGCGCCUCCAACAUCUCGUUGCCGUCGAAGCGAUGCCGCAACGACUCCCGCGACCAAGCCCUCCGUCACGACUGCUGGGCUCACUCCGUCGAGUUCGAACCCUUCGGCCGCUCCGUUCGGCCGCUCACCGUGCUCACCGACACCUGGUGCUCCGCGGGCGCGCUCACCGCCAACGGCACCCUCGUCCAGACCGGUGGAUUCAACGACGGUGAGCGCGCGGUCCGGUACUUCUCGCCAUGCGAGGGCUGCGACUGGGUCGAGGACGAGGAGGGCCUUUCGGUGAAGCGAUGGUACGCGUCCGCCCACGUCUUGCCCGACGGACGACGAGUCGUCGUGGUGGGCGGGCGAGGGCAGUUCGAUUACGAGUUCGUGCCCAAGGAGAUGAGCUCCGGCGCCGCGUCGACCUUCGAGUUGCCGUUCCUGAGAGAGACGAAGGACGCGUCAGAGAACAACCUCUACCCGUUCGUUCAUCUCUCCCCGGACGGCAACCUCUUCAUCUUCGCCGACACGAAAGCCAUCUUGCUAGAUUACGAGCACCAUCGAGUGGUUCGCAGAUUCCCCGAGAUGCCCGGCGGGAUCUCUCGCAACUACCCGAGCACGGGCUCGUCGGUCCUCCUGCCGAUUUUGCUUCCGCACAACGUCUCCGGAGCGAUCGAAGCGGAGGUCAUGAUAUGCGGUGGCACGAUGCCCAACGCCAGCUCGCUGGCGGCGAAGGGGCACUUCCUGCCGGCCUCGAACACUUGCGGCAGGCUGAAGAUAACCGACGAAUCACCUGCGUGGACGAUGGAGGAGAUGCCGAUGGGUCGGGUGAUGGGGGACAUGGUAUUACUACCCACGGGAGACGUUCUCAUCGUCAACGGCGCCGGGAAAGGCAGCGCCGGCUGGUACAUGGGGAGGGAACCGGUGCUGCACCCAGUCCUCUACAGGAGUGGUGUCGCCGGCGUCGCUAGCCAGGGGUUCGAGGUUCUCAGCCCGACAACGACGCCUCGCGUCUACCAUUCGACGGCGCAUCUGCUACCGGACGGACGGGUGCUGGUCGGCGGCAGCAAUCCGAACAUUAAGUACGAGUUCUCCGGGGUGCUGUUUCCUACCGAGUUGAGCUUGGAGGCCUUCUACCCUCCUUACCUGGGAGCUCCUCGCCGUCCAAGGAUCACUGGAAUGGAGCCGGGGACCGAGAUAACGUACGGGGAGAUGCUGUCCAUCGAGGCCCAGCUGGAGGAAGGAGUGGGUGAGGUGGUGGUGACGAUGGUGGCGCCGGCGUUCACGACGCACUCGUUCUCGAUGAACCAGAGAUUGCUGGUGUUGGAGGUGGGAGGGGUUCGUCGCAGCAGCAGCGGGUGCUAUAUGGUGGAAGUGGUGGCUCCGGCGAGCGCCGUUCUUGCUCCGAGGGGAUACUACAUGGUGUUUGUGGUGCAGGAAGGAGUGCCAAGUCGGGGAACGUGGAUUCAUGUCAUGUAGGCAGCUCCAUUUCUGCUCUCCUGUUGCUCUUUGAAUCAACAGUAGGAGAUGAUCAGCAACUACAGAGUAAUGCAACACUAAUAAGAAUGGAAUUCAUUGUGUUAUGGUUGAUCUCUACAUGCAGAUCGAACUCCACCACAUAUGGAUUACUUCCCUUAAUCUUAAUCUUU